AUGCCUAACACCAAGGUUUUCUUCGACAUUGCCUGGAAGGGCCCCGUCUUCAAGGACGGCCGUCCUACCACCGAGAUCAAGGAGCAGACCGGUCGCAUCAACUUCAACCUCUAUGACGACGUUGUCCCCAAGACCGCUGAGAACUUCCGUGCUCUCUGCACCGGCGAGAAGGGCUUCGGCUACCAGGGCUCUUCUUUCCACCGAAUCAUCCCCAACUUCAUGCUCCAGGGUGGUGACUUCACCCGCGGUAACGGCACUGGCGGCAAGUCCAUCUACGGCGAGAAGUUUGCCGAUGAGAACUUCCAGCUGAAGCACGACCGCCCCGGUCUGCUGUCCAUGGCCAACGCCGGCCCCAACACCAACGGCUCUCAGUUCUUCAUCACCACUGUCGUCACCUCUUGGUUGAACGGCCGCCACGUCGUCUUCGGCGAGGUCGCUGACCAGGAGUCCAUGGCCAUUGUUGCUGCUCUCGAGGCCACCGGUCGUGAUGACGGCAAGGUUAAGUACGAGCCCCGCCCCACCAUCACCGCCUCCGGUGUCCUGUAA